UAGAGUGAAAAAGUAAAUUGCAGUGCGCAGACGAACUGACGCACGGUGAUUGUUGUGACAGAAGUAGAGAAGAGUAUCAUCGUAUCGUCGUAUUUCCAGUUCGGAAUCAUUGUACAAAUCGAUAAGAAAAAGAAUUUGGUAGCUAAAGAGAAAAAGUAAGUCCAUUAAAUUGCACGGCUCGUGCAAACGCGCGGGCACGAUGAAGUUUCAUUACAAAGAAAAACACUCUUUCGAAAGGAGGAAGGUCGAGGGUGAAAAGAUUCGACGAAAAUAUCCCGAAAGGGUUCCUGUAAUUGUUGAGAAGGCUCCAAAAGCAAAAAUUAGUGAUUUGGAUAAACAAAAAUAUCUAGUACCAUCUGAUUUGACUGUGGGACAAUUCUAUUUUUUAAUCCGUAAACGAAUUCACCUUCGCCCAGAAGAUGCUCUAUUCUUUUUUGUGAACAACAUUAUUCCUCCAACAAGUGCUACAAUGGGUUCUCUUUAUGCAGAACAUCAUGAAGAAGACUUCUUCCUCUACAUAGCAUACAGCGAUGAGAAUGUGUAUGGACACUAAAUUACACAAAAAUAAAAAAAAAACAUCCGAACAAAAGAGCAGACAACAAAAAUUUGCCAUCAAUAACAACGUAGUCCUUUUAGAAGCUUUUGGAAGUGUUAACAAAAUUACAUCUUUCAAUUAUUUGAGUGAAAUUUUAAAUUUUAGCAUCAUAAACUAAUUUUAACUUUGCUUCCUUAAGAUAAAUUGGACACGUUCGUCUGCCAAAUAUACGAACGUUGUAUUUUUGAUUCCGUCACUCACCGCUAAUCGGCGAAAGCUUAGGGAAUCAGAA